AUGAAGCUGAACAUAUUACACUGGAGCCUCCUGCUUCUUUGUAUAGUAGCCUUCUGCAGCCAGCCAGUGUCCACUGGCAACCAAAGCUCCCGAGGACAGACAGGGUCAAAGCAGGAGAGGACAGGGACUUGUGAAGUGGUUGCUGCUCAUCGUUGCUGCAAUAAGAACAAGAUUGAAGAACGCUCUCAAACAGUAAAGUGCUCCUGCUUCCCAGGACAGGUGGCGGGGACAACAAGGGCUCGGCCCUCUUGUGUUGAAGCCUCUAUUGUGCGUCAGAAGUGGUGGUGUAAAAUGGAGCCGUGUCUUGAGGGGGAGGAGUGCCGAGUUCUCCCUGACCUCACUGGCUGGUCAUGCAUCUCUGGAAACAAAGUUAAGACCACAAAGGUGAGGAGAGGGCCUGCAUUAGAGUCACAACGGCACCUUCGCUGGACUAAAGACAUAACACAAAAUGGCUUUAGUUAA